UCCUUCAACAACAACUGCUAGUCAGACACCUCGGUAGCUUUUUAGCAAAAAUAGUUACAACAUUCACGCUCUUUACACUGUUUUUGGUGUAUAUUAGUCGAAGUGUAUUAAACACACUUCUGUCGUAUGUACUUUUUGGCCCAUUUCAUUAUAUAUUUACGUUGUUUGUCAGCUAGCUGGUUUACAAAAUUAGCUUAGAACUAGGCUAGUCGGUAAUGCUAGCUAGCUAACAUCCCCGACCAUGAGUUCACUAAGCGACUCUCCUCCUGAUAAAGAAGAGCAGGUGUGCUGGACGGAGAAAGAAGCUCUCGUCAAAGAGGAGGAGGAGGAUGUUACAAUACAAAAACAAGUAGAGGGUGAGGCUGGUACCGUGAAAGAAGAAGAGAAAGACGUUUCAGUGAAAGAAGAGGAAGACGCGUUCAGUGUGAAAGAGGAGGAGGAUGUUACAGUAAAAGAAGAGGAGGAAGAUGCAGUUUUCGGAGUGGAGGAUGAAGUGAAAGAAGAUGAAGACGUUUUUGAAAUGAAGGAUGAAGAGGGGGAGAUUACUGUCACAUUAGAGGAGGACGAAGAAGAGAAGACUGGAGAACUGAUUAACACCAGUAAAUACAGAGAGAGACGGGACAAUCGUGGAUCCUCUGGGGAGCCUCAACAACAUCAUGAUGCUGACGAGGCAGAGAAGUGUCUCUCCAGAUCAGAACUCCUCAAGAAACACCAGCAUAAACCCACAGGGAAGAGAACUCAUUGCUGCUCUGACUGUGGGAAAAGAUUCAACUCUUCAUCAAACCUUAAAAUACAUCAAAGAAUUCACACAGGAGAGAAAUCUUAUGGCUGUGAUCAAUGUGGGAAGAGUUUUACUCUGCUUCACACCCUGAAAUCACACCAGAGAUCACACACAGGAGAUAAAUCUUAUAGCUGUGAUCAAUGUGGGAAGAGUUUUACUACAUCUAUCAAUCUAACUAUACACCAGAGAACACACACAGGGGAGAAACCAUAUAGCUGUGAUCAAUGUGGGAAGAGUUUUACUACAUCUAGCUAUCUAACUAUACACCAGAGAACACACACAGGAGAGAAACUUUACAUCUGUGAUCAAUGUGGGAAGAGAUUUAUUCUGCUACAAACCCUGAAAUCACACCAGAGAAUACAUUCUGGAGAGAAACCUUUUGGCUGUGAUCAAUGUGGGAAGGGUUUUACUACAUCUAGCUGUCUAACUAUACACCAGAGAACACACACUGGAGAGAAACCUUAUAUCUGUGAUAAAUGUGGGAAGAGUUUUACUACAUCUAGCAAUUUAACUAUACACCAGAGAACACACACAGGGGAGAAACCUUAUAGCUGUGAUCAAUGUGGGAAGAGUUUUACGACUUCUAGCUAUCUAACUAUACACCAGAGAACACACACAGGAGAGAAACCUUACGCCUGUGAUCAAUGUGGGAAGAGAUUUAUUCUGCUACAAACCCUGAAAUCACACCAGAGAAUACAUUCUGGAGAGAAACCUUUUGGCUGUAAUCAAUGUGGGAAGAGUUUUUCUCACCCAAGCAGCCUGAUAGUACACCAGCGGGGACACACAGGAGAGAAAUAUUUUAGCUGUGAUCAAUGUGGGAAGAGUUUUUCUACAUCUUGCAAUCUAACUAUUCACCUGAGAACACACACAGGAGAUAAAUCUUAUAGCUGUGAUCAAUGUGGGAAGAGAUACUCUGAUAAAAGAUCUCUGAUUAAACAUCGGAAAAUACAUACAUGAAGGAGUUGUUUCAUGAUAUCAAUGAAAUAAUGUCACAAUGCAGAAUGUUUUAACAUUGUAGUAGCAGUAUUUGAAUGAAUGUCAGAAUGUAGAAUGAACCCUAAACGUUUGCCCCCUGUUCAGUUGAUAUUAGCCUCAGCGGGAAAAUCAAGGCUCUGAAUUGAAAGAGUACUAUUUAUGUGAUUUAACAUAAAGGGACAAAAUAAAUUGUGUUACACUUACCACGUUGGUGACCCACUUGAAUCAAAACGCAACACUUCAACAUGUUUAGGUUUUCAAUAUAUCCCGAACUGUUUCUGCAUAUUGGUUAUUGAUUUGGACAUGUUACAACUAUUUUUUGACAUUGUGCUGUUCCAAUUUAGCAAAAUGUAAUUGAAAAGACGUUGAAAAUAAGACUAUGCCCGACGUCCAAUAUAUGUUCGGUUGUUGUUGAAAGUUGAAAAGAUGUCUUUUUGGGUUGUUUUUUCAAUGACUUGAAAACAACAUAAUUUCAACAUAUGGACGCAGUAUAAUACAUUGGUCUAUAAUCAAUUUGAUUAACAAUCCUACAUCACUCCAGUAUUUCUUUACAACAUUCAAAUGCUACUUGUCUUUAUUCCACUACUGAAGAAGCAUGUCUCAAAUCACCUCAUAUUUCAAACAUUCAGCCUGACAAAAGAUACAUGUUUUAUUAUUCCAUGCCUCACCAUUAAGUUAUUAUUGCCAAUACACAUUAACAAAGGGGUGUACUUUUGGUUUUGAUAUUUCAUAUUUACAAUUCAUGUAACAUUUAGUAAUAAUUAUUUAUGCAAACAACUGACAAUUUUUGGGAACAAUUAUAUUGACAUUGUUAUCCUGCUUUUAGACUAUCAGGGUUCAUUCUCAGAUUCUCAGUGCCAAACCAAAUGUACUAGAGCAUGACAUUGGGGACUGGGUCCUGAUCCAACAACAUGCCUAUCGAGUGAACCCUGAAAAGAGAGAGAAGCUCCGCAGUGAGGUUGAAAGUUACUACAGGUAUUGCAGGAGUUUCCUCUUGAAAUCAGACAUGUCUUUGGUAAGGACAACUUGGUUGCUGAUUGUCUCAAGGGUGGGCAGUCAAAAAUAUUUGUGUUUUGCAUUUAUCCAGUGUGUUACCAUGGAUACCAAUUUAUUUUGACAUGUUUUUUCCGUGUUGGAGAUUAGUUUUAUCUCUUAUUCUUUUCUGCACUGUUGGUUAGGGGGCUCGUAAGUAAGCAUUUCACAUGUUGUAUUCCAGCAUUUCACUGUUAGGUUUACACCUGUUGUAUUUGGCGCAUGUGACUACAAUUUGAUUUGAGUUUUGUUUGGGCUCUUCCAAGGGGAUGAGAGCUUCUAAAAAGUUUUAGGAAGAAAAGUGUUCAAGAAGCUUGUGGGUUCUAGAAGCUCGUGAAUUGUAGGACUUGAUAGAAAGAAAAUGGGGGAAAAAAUUAUACGAUUGUAUGUUAUUAUUUAGAAAUACUGUUUUUUUCUUGUUUUUAAUUGUUGACAGCAAGUUGUGUUUUGUUGGUGGUGAGAAAACAUGUCCAACAAAAAUAUAGGAUAUAUUUGUUGUCUUAAAGGGGAAGGUGUUACAGGCUUUGGUUUUUCCAUUUAUAUUUUCAGGUUGGACCUUAGCGCGUUGGAAAGGGGGAUACCUAGUCAGUUGUACAACUGAAUGCAUUCAACUGAAAUGUGUCUACGGUGCACGUCUGGCUUGUUAGCACGUAGGACGCACUGAUUGGUGUCACCUCGUUAGUCAGUAUGUGUUACACCUGUGCUGGCUUGUCCAUCUCGUUAUUGGGAAGGUGUUUCACCUGAGCUGAUCCAGGUUAUAUUUAAGUGUCUGGCCCAGUGCUUCAGUUGUCUUGAUAGAUGUGGAGAGUCAACACAUUUUGUUGCUCCACUUCCUAUCUUUAAGUUUUGUGUGGGUUUUUCUUUUGUUUGCCUCUUCUUGGGCAGAUUUAGUGGGUCUCAUGGUGGGUGUAUUUUAGAUCCCAGUUGUUACUGGUCAACAUUCAGUGGACACCCCCAUAGUGUCUUUCAGAACCCCUCUAAAAAACAAGCUUGUUUUUUGGGUUGGAUAUUGCAUCCUAUUAAUAUUUUAAUCAAUGGAAUUUCCUUAGGGUGCCCAUUAGUCUUUCAGUUAUUAGUCUUCUGUUUGUUGUGUACUAAAUAUUUAUUUAUUUUAAUUAUUUUAUUUGUUUUUUUUUUUCCUGUGAAGCCAUUGUGUUGCAUCCAUGUCUGAAAUGUGCUGUAUAAAUAAAGCUUGAUAUGAUUUCAACA